CAAGAAAAAACAAACUCAUUAUUCCAAUUCCCAGCUGAAUCAGCUUUCCCAAAUCGAUUCUUUCCCGUUUCCUUUCCCUUACAGUCUUACAUUUGAAAAUAAGAAAAACUCAAAAAAAAUGAUUGCUAAACUGGUUAUGCUUUUGGCUGUUUCACUAUCCCUUAUUGGAUGUGAUGUUAUGGUUGUUUCUGGCUUAGUUAGUUGUGAUGCGAAAGAACGCGAAGCUCUUCUGGCGUUGAAACAAGGGCUUACAGAUGAUUAUGGCGUGCUGUCAAGUUGGAGAGGUGAGGAGUGUUGCAGUGAUUGGGAUGGUGUUGAGUGUAGCAACACCACCGGCCGUGUUGUUGCUCUCAGAAUUUUCGACAUCAAUAAUGACGACGGCUUGCGAGGUGAUAUUAGUCCAGCUUUGCUUCAAUUACAUAACUUGACUUAUCUCAAUCUAACUGGCAUCAAUUUCGGAGGGAAUCCAAUCCCGAACUUCAUUGCUUCCAUGAAAAUGUUGCAAAAUCUUACUCUCUCUAGGUGUGGUUUGUUUGGGACAGUCCCUCCCAAUCUUGGGAACCUCACAAACUUGGUCCAACUUGAUCUAUCCUAUAACUCGUUGAUUGUAGACAGUCUGGAUUGGCUGUCUGAGCUCCCUUCUUUGUCCUAUCUUGAUUUGUCUGGAAACAAUGUUAGUGAUGCCAAUUGGCCUCAGAGAACGCUGAUGCUUCCUUCCUUGAAGCAGCUGCGAUUGAGCAACUGUCAGCUUAGCGAUGAUGAUCGAGCCUACUCUUUGAAAGAGUUUUCUUCUACCUCUCUUUCCACGGUUGAUUUAUCCUAUAAUUUUCUCACCUUGGCUACAUUGAACUGGUUAUCUAACAUCCCUAGCCUUGUCAGCAUCGAUGUUUCCCGGAAUCAAUUAGACGGUGUGGUUCCAGCUGAUUUCAUAACAAAUCUAACUUCUCUUGCCAAGCUUGAUCUUUCUUAUAACAAGUUAAAAGCUGUCGUUUUCGGAAUAAAUCCCACCACCAGCAAUCUGGUUGCUCUUGAUCUCUCUAGAAAUGAGAUACAACAGCCGCUUCCCGAGCUAGUUGACAACCUCCCUUGCAAAACAUUAGAAUAUCUCUUGUUGGAUUUUAAUCAACUCAGCGGGUCCGUGCCCGACUUCGGCUCAUGCCUUAGAAUAAGAGAACUUAAACUCGGAAACAACAAACUAGAACGGCUUCCUACAAGUUUUGCGCGCCUUUUGCAGCUUGGACGUUUAGACAUUUCGAAUAAUUCUCUAGAGGGCAAUAUCUCUACAACCACCUUCAUGAAUCUCAACAACCUAACUGGGAUUGAUUUGUCCUUCAAUGAGGCACUAUACAUAUCCCCCAAUUGGAAUCCACCUCCCAAAAUGGAAGGAUUACUUUUAAGAUAUGUCAAGAUUGAUCCAAAAUUUCCCUCCUGGGUUCAGGGUUUGACCAAUCUCCGGGGACUUGAUCUCUCUUACAAUGGCAUCUCAGAUGUACUGCCUAGUUGGCUAUGGAGUUUUUCGACCAAUUUUCAGAUGUUAUUCUUCUCCCACAAUGAAUUUCAUGGAACCAUUCCCAAUCUCUCGGACAAAAGACUUCAAAUUGUAGAUUUUAGUUGGAACAAGUUUUCUGGUCCUCUACCUCAGUUCCACAAUGAUACUAAUGUUUUGAAGCUCUCACAUAAUGAGCUCUCGGGGCCAAUCGCAUCUAUAUGCAACUUGCAUACUUUGCGGUGGCUCGACCUCUCCUAUAACCAAUUCUCCGGGGAGGUUCCAAACUGUUGGGAAAACAUGACCAGUAACUUAAUAGUUCUCAACUUGGGAAACAACAACUUUUCUGGUGAAAUUCCUCAAUCACUCGGCUUUUUGCGCGGUCUGCAGACGUUGUAUUUGAAUGGCAAUAGUCUCUCAGGGGAGUUACCUUGGACAUUGAGAAACUGCACACUUGUGCAGCUAAUUGAUGUUGGAAAUAAUAAGCUAAUGGGAAAUAUCCCGAAAUGGAUUGGCGAAAGCUACCGAGGUGUGAAGUAUCUAAUGCUUGGUCAGAAUCAAUUCUAUGGCAGCAUUCCUCAAGAAGUUUGCUAUCUCACUCGGAUACGAGUACUGGACUUGUCCAGAAACAAUUUAUCCGGACAUGUCCCGACAUGUGUUAGUAAUUAUUCUUCAUUGGUUGAAAUGAAUGAUGAUUCUGCAGGUGACAUUUUUCUCAAUGGAAUUCCAAAUCCUGUCUUUAGUUUGGGUACAAAUGAAGGUUACACAGACUAUCCAUAUCUAUUGAGUAGGUUGGGGGAUCGAGGCUACAGCGACUAUGCAUAUGUAUCGGUUCAGUGGAAAACAAGUGAAUCCAAGUACCAGAAAACUUUGUGGCUUCUUAAGCUCAUCGAUCUUUCGGACAAUCAAUUGAGUGGAAGCAUUCCCCAACAAGUUUUUGAGCUGAAGGGAUUAAUUUCAUUGAAUUUGUCCAAGAAUGCUUUGGAGGGACAGAUACCACCCAAUAUUGGUGACAUGGAGAAGCUUGAAUCACUGAAUCUGUCGAGAAACCAACUGUCAGGGGCAAUACCUGAAAGCCUCGCCCGAUUAAGCUUUCUACAGGUUCUUGAUCUGUCGCACAACAACUUGUCCGGAAGAAUUCCAAGUAGCACUCAACUUCAAAGUUUCAGUGAAUCUGCCUACGCUGAAAAUGCUCAACUCUGCGGAAGACCACUUGGGUUGUGCCCAAACUUGCCUACUUCUCAACUUGAUGAUGAUGAAGAACGGACGAGCUCGUCAACGGUUAAAGACAUGUUUGUAUCAACGGCCAUUGGUUUCGUAUUCGGAUUUUGUGGACUCGUGGCCUUUUUCAUGCUCAAGAGGUCGUGGCGAAUCGCGUAUUUCAACUUCCUUGGUGUCCUUGGAGAUUAAGACCAAUAUAUAGCGCCACAGGCAACUAGAUCAGUUGAUGAUGAUGAUGGUAAAACAACGUACUACUGCUCCUGUUAAUCAUAACAUAACAUUAAUAUGAGGAACAUAUAUGCAUGCUUUCUUACAUUGAAAUAACUUUCAUGCUCUAUCUAUAAUGAUUCAUCACUUAUUUCUAAAAUAACCCUUUUUUUUUUUUUUUUUCUUUCUUUAAACUUGGAAUGCAAGUCACAGCAGUCAACAACGUUAGGAAAACCCUGUGGCUGUGUAUUAUAUGUUCAACCAAGAAGGCCUCGGUGGUUUUGAGUUUGUACUGAUGACCUUGCACUUACACGUACACAUACACAUACACAUACAGUAGCCACGUAUGCUAAUUAAUUCUUGAUUUCACAAGCCAAGUCACUACUUUGUUGUGAAUGCUUCGAUCGAGCUGAGGAUGUGCAUUAUUUAUGAUCCUCAAUUUUGUGGUGUGAAAAAGGCUACCCACGUUGAAGACUAAGGAAAAAGACGAUGACACAAUCGGUUGUUUAAAUUGAAAGUAAUUGUUGCACCU